CCAGACCAACGGAAUCGGCGCUAUCGACCUCCUCAUGGAAUUCGGCGCCGACAUAGACAUUGCAGACGCAGACGGAGUCAAGCCACGGGAGUUUCAGCUCAAGUGUGGCCCAGAGGUGACAGCCGCGGUGCAGCGAUGGCUCAGGAAGCGUUCAGGGGACAAGAAACGGAUGGACGGCAAGGCAUGCGAACUUUGCAAGAAACCAGGAGGAGACGGUGUCCAAUGCAGGCUAUGCUCAGAGUGUCAGACUGCGAGGUAUCGUUCGACAGCGUGUCAGCGUUCGCACUGGUCUACCCACAAGCCCCUCUGUCAACCAUUCUCCACACGGAACACUAUCACCCUCAUCCCAUGCUACGCCGACGCUCGAAACGGGUUCGUCCAACCAACCGCCAUGUUUUCUCCAGACCUUUUGUCUAUCCCCGCGCCCGACACGCCUCAGUCUCAUCACCGCUUCGCGCACACACCGAAGAACCUCUCGGCUGAAUCACCCAAGAGCAUCGUUAUCAAGGUGCAAGUACCCUUUGACGUAUUUUCGAACAGACAAAACGUAAGGUUCAACGAGGAUCUCCUGGUAUACACGAAGAAGAGGGAUUUCGUAUGCACGAUAAGACGAGUCGACGCACCGGAAGAGUAUGACCGAAUAUUCCAAGUGGUCAGGACUAAAGGUGUUGGAGGAGCGAAAACGUAUUUUGCUGUGGAGCUUAGGAGCAAGACUGCGUUGAUCGUGAAAGUAUCAGAGGUUCUUGCAGAACGGCCUUUUUAA